UACCGCCUGCGCCAACCGCUGCAAGACACCACUACAUCAGUUCCCGUCUACCUGACACGACACCAAACCAAAUAUGACUUCUCGAAUCGUUCGGCUUCACGCCUCGACUACUCCUCCUGCCAUGAUGAAGUAUGGCCCUGCCCUCAUGGUCGGCACAUCCAUCGCUGUCGUCGGCAGUUUCAUCGCCAGCCAACUCACGACAUCUUCACGCAACCUGGAUCGCGCCUUUGCCAAGUACAACAGCCCCCAGAGCGAGGCGUCCCGGAAGCGCAGCUUUGAGGGCGCGCCCGACCCGAGGACGAACUUACUCAACUGCCUGGGAUGGAAAUAGGCUGCAAAGAGGAUACACCUGGGGUUGAAGAGCGAACGUGAGAAGGUUUCAAGGCGUUUUUGGGAGGUCACUUUAGGAGUUGCACAUUUGAGCUGCAAUCAUAGCUCGGUAGCUUGGAGUUGAAGAGGCAUUGUAUGCAACUAUCUGAUAGUAGCUAGGUACACCGCAAUGCCGCAUCGGAAAAUUCUCAGAAGGAGAAAAUGACACCGGCGAUGCCGUCAUG